AUGUAUCACUCUGAUAUCUUCCAGCAAUAUGGCACUACAUAUGGUGUACGACCACUGCAAGCACUGGCCACUUCCUACCCAGCGACUAGCGGGCACCAUGAGGCAUACAGAUACCCAGAUUUAGAGGUGCCCAACCAGAGGUACGACAGUCUGUUCCCAGCUCUAGACCCUUCCCAGAGAAUUCUGGGAGCAGCGCCUCUCACACCUCUCUCAUUGCCGCCCGGACCAACCUUGGGGUUUGGGCAGCCUCAGGCCCCCUGUGAAGCCCCCCGUUUGCCAGGAAAUGUGAAGAUGGUUUUGGAGAACAAGGAUCUGUGGAAGCAGUUUCAUUCCAUAGGAACAGAAAUGAUCAUAACAAAGUCUGGGAGACGUAUGUUUCCUCAGUGCAAGAUCAGUGUCUCUGGGCUGGACCCAGAUGGUAAGUACCUGCUCUUGGCGGACAUUGUUCCAGUGGAUAACUCUCGCUACAAGUGGCAGGAAGACCACUGGGAACCCAGCGGGAGAGCAGAGCCUCGGCUACCAGAGAGGGUUUAUAUACACCCGGAUUCCCCUGCUCCUGGCAGCCACUGGAUGAAGCAACCAAUCUCUUUUCAUAAGAUAAAACUCACCAACAACACAUUGGACCAGAUGGGACAUAUUAUCCUGCACUCUAUGCACAAGUACCAGCCUCGUUUUCACAUUGUUCGUGCCCAAGACGUGUUCAGUCAGCGAUGGGGAGGCUGCUCGUCCUUCACAUUUCCAGAAACGCUCUUCCUGACUGUCACCGCUUACCAGAAUGAGAAGAUAACACAGCUCAAAAUCCAGACAAAUCCAUUUGCUAAAGGAUUCCGGGAAGAUGGGAUGAAGAACAAGAGGGAUCGAUCGAUUCGUGUGAAGAGGAAGUUACUGAGGUCUGAACAGGAGGAAGAACCUUUCCACCCCGAGGCAGAGUGUAAGCGUCCUCUGUAUGCUGGUCCCUGUGACUCCACACUGAGUGAGGAGCUGGAUAUUAGAGGGGGUCUGGGUAUCCCCCUUCCAAGCCCUGACUGCUCGUUUCACCCUAUCACACCACCCUCACCAACUCCACCUUCUGCAGACGCCCCUGAGCCAUCUACUCUGCAAAUGACAGCCAACCAGAGACCAGCAGCUGGCAUGGAUUUGCCCCGACAAGCAACAGAGAACUUUGUGCAGCCUAAUGAAAGCUCUUACCCGGAACAGCCCCCCAGAAAUGACAGAGACAUGUAUACCUGCCCCAUUGAUGCUCCUGCUCAGCAGAACCCGUCAGGACACCCCCCUACGUCUUUGAACAGACUAAAUGCUCCCUUCUCCAUCAAUCAAGAAUCUCCCCAAAUCUUUAACAGCCAACCAGACUUCCGGCUUUAUAGCACAGACCUCGGCUGCGGAGGAGAAUUCGCUCACCCUACCUGUGCAGUUGGAGCCCCCUCUCGAGGAGAUGACCAAGGUGUCAAAGGAUACUCCAUGAACACUGACCAUCGCUUUCCUCCAUUCAUGUCCAAUCAGGGGGCGAAGUUCGCCCUACAAUAUACUGGUGCACAGCUGCAGCGUCUGUAUAAGGGGGGAGGUUGGAUGUGA